GACAGAAGAGCUAGGUCUAAACGUUCAGCUACGUUGCUAAUGCUAACACAACUGUUUUUACCAGCUAGCUAACAUCGGCUAACGUUUGCUCAGACCAAAGAUGAACUGAAACCUAACGGAACUAACUGAAACGAGACUGUGAACUACUCUGUGCUUCCGUGUUUGCGUUAGCCGCCGGUGUUGUGCCGAGUUUUGCAUGCCUGCCGAGAAUUGCCAACUCCCGGGUAGCAGAGAAAUGUUACUACUGAGUUUAAUAAAACAAGAAUGACUUUAAACUUUUAAAAGCCUUCGGGUUAUUUAUCACAACUGAUAAAGCUGACAAAGAAGAUUAUAUCGUUUUUAAACUAUUUUGCUUUAAAAUGCACUAGUUUUCCCGUGCGGAUGAAUUUCUCGGCAGGCAUGCAAAACUCCUGUUCGGCAGACGUUUGUUUCUGGUUUGACUGAUAGCCGAUCAGAGUUUGGUUUUUUAAACAUAUUUUAGCUGCUUUGCUCGUUCACUAGCUAACUGACAAACAUGAAGAGGACCAGAGGCGGUGGUGACGAGGAGUCUCCCCGGCAGAAUGGUUCUGCUGGCCGAAGGAAAGGAAACCAACAGCAGGAUGACGGGGACGACGGUGGCUGUGCCAUCGGUCCACCUGACCUGCAAGACGAGGACAACGACCCGGGACUCAGGAGAGAAAUACGGAGCAAGUACAGGGACCUCAUCAAUUCAGUGACGCAGAAUAGGGAAGAUAUGCUGAGUCCCUCCAACAACAAGCUCACAGAAGUUUUACAAGAGGCAGUCAAACUUUUUAAAGAUGUCCGGCAGCCGAGAGAAGCAGCUCUGGAUGCCCACCUCCUUGUUGUCGCCACAGACCUGGGAAAUGAGAAAGCCAGCCAGCUGUUCACUGAGGGCACUACUUUCGAUCCCACUGCUUUUUCUGAGCAUCUUCUGUCCUUCAUGGGUCUCAACCGACUAGAAGACGAUGAGGACGAGCAGCAGAACGGCGGUGCAGUUGAUGGCUACCUGCCCCAGGAUGCUUGGCACCGAGUGGCCAGUAGAGCAGAGUGCUGUUUCAGGACGUCACCCUCGUUCCAUUACAUGAUGGGUUCAUUCCAUGCAGAGCCGCCUCCUCCAAAGCAAAGGAUAGAACGGCAACGGAAGGCACCUAGCAAGGAAGCCAAAAGGAUAAUGCCUACUCAGCUGAAGAAAAUGGAAGACUCGCAUCAGGAAGCGACAGAGAAAGAGGUGGAAAGGAUCCUGGGAUACCUGAAGAGUUAUUACCAAGACGAUCCGACAUCACCGAUAUCGUAUUACGAGUUCGUCAUCGACCCCAACUCGUUUUCCCGGACAGUGGAGAACAUUUUCCACCUGUCUUUUCUCAUCAGGGAUGGGUUGGCACGGAUGUAUUUGGAUAAUGACGCAUUGCCUUGCAUAGCGCCCGUAGAGGAGGGAGAGGUGGAUACUGGAGGAUCAUACAGCCGUAAACAGUGCAUCGUCUCCAUCAGCCCAAAAUUAUGGAAGGAGCUCAUAGAAGCCUUCGAUAUCAGAGACACAAUGAUUCAGCCUCCAAACACGCAGCAUGAGUGAUGGACCCUCCUCCUUUUUGUUAGCUGAAACCCAACAUUGUUUUUAGGUGUCUUACUGUUUUUUGUUUUUUUAAAUAAUAAAAACCAAUUGUUAGAAAUUUGCAAAUGCCAAAUUCCAGUAUAUACCACUCUUGUAAACACAUUGCAUAGUUACUGUGAGAUCCUAAUUACUCAGUUGCACAUUUUGUUUUUAUAUUUACUUUUUACUGUUUUUAGAAGUUAUAAUAAAAGAAAUUGAAUAGAAA